GUCAAGUCAGUCUGGCGGACGAAUGCAGAAUUCGCUUUACGCCCCCGUGGAGCGCGGACCCUGAGGAUUUUCUCCUUCCGCUCAACCACCAUCGCCAUCCCACGCUCUGUCCCCCUUUUUCCGGCUGCUUCUUGCACGCCAACCUCUCCACUCCUUCUUCUAUUUUCCCUUUUUUCUUCUUCUUCUGUGGCAAAGCAAGCCCAUCUUGCUGCAGAUUUCCCGACAUUCUGUAUUCUGGAGUGCCGCGUCCCGUUUCACCUGAAAUGAACCCCCCGACCGUCGUCGCAAAUGGCGACGCCCCGCCACCAUCGCAAGCCGAUGUGUCGGCCUUCAUGGAGGCCAUCUUCAACGCAAAGACCUCCAACGCCUCGGUCGACGCUGCCUAUGGUCUCUGCGAACUCCUGCUGAACUCACCCAGCGUCGGAUGCCGCGGCUUGGAAUCUUACGGCAUCCUGGCCGAAAUCAAGAAGGCUGCGUCUGACAAGAAGUCCGGGCUCAGGAGAGAGAGCGCACAGAACCUUCUUGGUGCACUCCUCGAGCGCUUCCCCCCACGACAGCCCGUCUCAGAAGUCAUUUUCCUCGUCAAGGAUGGCGGCGUGGUUGCUUGCGCCCUCGACGCCCUCGCCGAUAAGGGUUCCGUUGUUCGCGACGCCGCACAAUACGGCAUCGACGCCCUCUUCAACCACCUCAGCCCCGAGGCUCUCGUCGUCGGCCUCCUCCCUGCCCUGCAAAGAUACCUCUCCAAGACGACCGGCAAGUGGCAAGGCACCGUCGGCGCUCUGAAACUCAUGCAGAAGAUGGCCGACAAGGCCAAGCUCGAGUUCGGUGGCACAAAGGAGGAGGCCCAUGAAAAAGACGUUUUGCGCGAAAUAAUGGGUGCCAAGCUGGCCGGCCUGAUCCCCCUCGUCGAGAAUGGCAUGCACGACUUGAAGUCCGAGGUCGAGAAGCAGGCAGUCAAGACUAUGGACUCGCUCACAGCCCUCCUCCAAAAUGACGACGUCGCACCCAAGCUGCCCCUGCUGCUCGAGGCAAUGCGCAAGCCUUCUCCGGAGGCAGUAUACAAGGCCAUCCAUGCCCUCUCACAGACAACCUUUGUUGCCAUCGUCACAUCCCCUGUCCUCGCCCUCCUGACGCCAUUCCUCGAGCGAUCUCUCUACAACCCAUCAACACCGCAAGAGACUCUGCGAAGGUCCGUCGUCAUCACAGAAAACCUGACCAAGCUGGUCCACGACCCCAUCGAGGCGCGGACCUUCUUGCCCAAGCUGAAGCCCGGUGUCAAGGGAGUCCUCGACCGUGCAUCCCUUCCUGAGGUCCGAGAGCUCGCCCAGAGGGCGAUGGAUGUCAUGGACAAGGCCAUGGCCACCGACAAGGACGUUGUUGAGCGCAUCAACGCGGACGACGUUGCCAAGAUUGUCGACAGGGAGAUCAAGAACAACGGCGGAGUCGCCGGCGACCUGGAAUUGUUCAAGCUGGCGAAGCCUUAUGUCUGCGAACUCAUUGCUGAAGAUGUCAACCAUCGCUUCGUCAGCCGUAUCGCUGGGAAGCUUUCGCCUUAUCUCAAGGGUCUCGUGACAGGACCUGACGCUCACGAGGUUGUCGCGAAUGCCGUUCAAAAGUACUAUGUCGACGAAGACCAUCGUAUGUACGGCGAGCCCGAGAAGGAGGACGAUGGAGAGGUCGAGAUCGUGAAUGCCGAUUUCUCGCUGGCCUACGGCGGUAUGCUCCUGCUCUCGCACACAAACCUGCGACUCUUGAAGGGCCACCGCUACGGACUGUGCGGUCGCAACGGUGCUGGAAAGUCGACCUUGAUGAAGGCCAUCGCCGGUGGCAAGCUGGAAGGGUUCCCCCCGCAGGAUGUCCUCCGAACCUGCUAUGUCGAACACAACCAGGGCGAGGAUGCAGACCUUAGCAUCCUGGACUUUGUUGCAAAAGAUCCCGAGAUCACAAAGCUCGGCACAAGUGUUGAACGUAUCUCGGAGGUCCUAGCAGAGUUCGGCUUCACCGCUGGCCCCGAAGGCCGCCAGGCCCAGAGGGUCGGCUCCCUGUCGGGCGGUUGGAAGAUGAAGCUCGCGCUGGCCAGGGCCAUGCUGCAGAAGGCCGAUGUCCUGUUGCUGGACGAACCCACCAACCACUUGGAUGUCGAGAACAUCGCAUGGUUGGAGCAGUACCUAAGAUCGCACACGGAUAUCACCAGUUUGAUUGUCUCUCACGACUCCGGCUUCCUGGAUAACGUCACAACGGACAUCUACCACUACGAGCCCGGGAAGAAGCUCGGCCACUUCAAGGGCAACCUGAAUGCGUUUGUCAACGUUCGCCCCGAAGCGAAGAGCUACUACACGUUGUCCGCCAGCCUCGUGCAGUUUAGAUUCCCGCCGCCUGGUAUCCUGUCCGGCAUCAAGUCUCAGACCCGUGCCAUUGUUCGUAUGACGAAUGUCAGCUACCAGUAUCCCAAGGCUCCCAAGCCAUCCUUGGCCGAUGUCACCUGCCAGCUUUCCCUGUCGUCCCGCGUUGCUGUCAUCGGGCCCAACGGUGCUGGAAAGUCGACUCUCAUCAAGCUGCUUACAGGCGAGGUGAUCCCAACGUCUGGAAAGGUGGAAAAGCACCCUAACCUGCGUAUUGGUUAUAUCAAGCAGCACGCGCUUGAGCACGUGGAGAUGCAUCUUGAGAAGACGCCCAACCAGUACCUCCAGUGGCGUUACCAGCACGGCGAUGACCGAGAGGUCCACUUCAAGGAGACAAGAGCCCUGUCUGACGCGGACCGAGCUCAAAUGCAGAAGACCAUCGACAUGGGAGAUGGAAAGGGCGCUCGCCAAAUCGAGACGCUCGUCGGUCGCCAGAAGUACAAGAAGUCCUUCCAAUACGAAAUUCAAUGGAAGGGGUGGUUGCCCAAGCAUAACUCUCAAAUUAGCCGCGAGACCCUCAUCGAACUCGGUUUCGACAAGUUGGUCCAGGAGUUCGAUGAUCACGAGGCCUCGCGAGAGGGUCUCGGUUACCGUGUCCUGGAGCCCAAGGUCAUCUCUCAGCACUUUGAGGAUCUUGGACUUGACCCAGAGAUUGCCAACCACAAUGAGAUCGGGUCGCUGUCAGGUGGUCAGAAGGUCAAGGUUGUCAUCGCUGGUGCCAUGUGGAACAACCCUCACCUGCUGGUUCUGGACGAGCCAACCAACUUCCUGGACCGAGACUCCCUGGGCGGCCUGGCUGUUGCUAUUCGCGACUUCAAGGGCGGUGUUGUGAUGAUCAGUCACAACGAGGAGUUUGUGGGUGCGCUGGCCUCGGAGCAAUGGCACGUGCGCGACGGUCGCAUGACGCACAGGGGCAGCAACGCCAUCUCGCUCGAUCGCUUCGAAGACUCCCGCCCUGGCUCCACUGCACCAUCGUCUGGUGUUAGCACCCCUGCCAACGGAGCGAGCACUGCAGUUAGCAGCGCCGUGAACAGCACUGUCAACAGCGGAGUGGAGGACAACAUCGACACGCCGCUCAAGUUCAAGGCCAAGAAGAAGAGGAAGAUGACCAAGAAGGAUCUGAAGGAGCAACAAGCCCGGCGACGAUUGAGGCACAUUGAGUGGCUGAACAGCCCCAAGGGCACACCGCACCCCCCUGACACGGACGACGAAGACGCCUAAAUGGUUGCCCAAGACCUUCCAGCUUGACGAUUGGACAAUGAAGCUUAGUGUUUUUCAUAUUUUCGAGGACGCGGCGGCAAGAUCACGGUGGACAAUUACUGGGGCCCUUAAAAGAAGAGGUGGAUAGAGCUGAUGAUUAUAGACGGACGGCGUUUUAACAUAGAAUGGGUUGGUACAUCAUUGAUUCCGGAUAGAGUAGACUCGAGCACGAGCCACUUGAAAGUUUUCUAAUGGAUUAUUAAGUUAUAUGGAAAUCAAAUCAAUGAUAUUUGUCUUGA